AUGCAACAUUAUAUUUUUUUGCCCAACAUCUUUAGGGAGGGCUAUAUUCAUCCUGGGCAAGUUGUUCAGGCACACACUAUUCUUCAACCUCUCCAGCAAUCCUUACUCGUCGACCCUAGCGGUGGCGCCCAGCCGACAACGUUUGCUGUUCAAUCUAGUGAUGGGAGCUUGAUACCCGUUCAGUUGGCCACUUCUGGUCCUGGCGGUCAACUGAUAAUGUUUAUGCCCAGUCCUCAGGCCCAGCAGACUAUUUAUACCACCCAACAGCUGGCCCCAACUGCCACCACUAUAGACGCUGCAAUUGCUCAGCCUGCCCAGUCAACUAUUCUUAGUGCGACUGUGGAAGAGGAGCAACAACUUAUUCAGCAAGCUCAGUUGCAAGCAAACCAGGUUCAUGUUGUCCAUCAGAACCCUACACAGGCUGCCGCCUCCAUAGCUCACGCGGCAGGCGCUCAAAUCGUACAAGUCUCUAGUCAGCCUCAGUCUCAAGUUGUUUCUCCCUCAACUCCUCAACAAGCUUCAGCUACAGCU